AACAGUAUUGUUAGAUGUGGACACGCGACACAAUUACUAUAUUCCGUGAGUAAGCACAAACAACAUGGCAGACCAAAAGAAACAGGAGAAAAAGGCUCCCGAGAAAAAGGUUGAUCUUGGAUUGCUCGAGGAAGAUGACGAAUUCGAAGAGUUUCCAGCGGAAGAGUGGGCAAGUGAAGAGGAGGACCCAACAGACUCCAACGUUUGGGAGGACAAUUGGGAUGAUGAUAACGUCGAAGAUGACUUCUCAAAACAGCUGAGAGCGGAACUUGAAAAACAGGGCAGCAAGGACCAGUCAGAGCCCAUGAAGACGUAGCACAAAGCAGAAAUAAAGGGGGUCAAAGUUCAAGGGUCGCAUCUGAGGUCAUUUGACACUGGAAAAACCGGAGCAAGAUUUCAAAUAAGUUCCAUAAACUCUCAGAUAAGAAUAUCGGACUCCAUUGUUCUAACAAUUGCAUAUAAUGUUUUGAAGCAGGCAUAGGCUUUCAUCACAUUUCAGUUUUUGUGUCAUAUUUUGCAUUUUAGAUAAAGAGUUUCCAAUAAUUUGUUCUUGUAAGGAAAGGUAUAUUUUGAGAGAAUGUCAAUAUGGCUACGGUUAUUGCUUUCAUUGCUUUAAAAUCUAAUAUUUAAACUUUUCCAUGGAAGUACCAAGAAACUAUUGACCAAUCCAAGCUUUUGUUUUUACUACCAGUGAAUACCACAGACAACAUAAAACUCAGGCUCUGAUUGGUUGAUUGGGUUUGCAUCUUUGCAUGGCAUUCCUAAUACUGUAAACCUUUACCAACUGUAAAUGAUGUAGAAAUUCCACACAUUUCUCAACGCCAGGUUCUUGUGUUUAUCAAUGUGCAUCUUCUCCUGUUGUUGAAGAGUUUGAAUAUCCACCAAUGGGUGGAUGGCCACACCCCUUUAUGUAAAUGAAGGUAUAGACUCCUUACAUGAACAGUAAACGGCAUUUUCUGACCACUUUCGAGAGCCCAGUUAACGCAACACUUCGCGUGCACGUACUUGAUCGUGCGCGUAUGGCGCAAAGAAAGUACGCACAACUUAUUUCAUGUUGAAUGUGCUCAAAGGCAUAGCAUCUUAGCAUGAGCGUCAGGCGGCGUCGGUAAUGCAUUCAACUGUCCCUUCUAGUGGUCACCCCAACUCUCCUUUGUUACCGUUGAGCGGGUACUUGUGUAGAGAGCCCGUUAUCUAAAUCUACCAUCGAAUAAGUGUUGAAGGCAUCUUCAUGGAAAUGACUGCCACUGUUGGAGUUAGUGGAGCAGAUCUGCUGCGGCCUUGUUAAAACUUGUUUUUUGAAAAAUACUAUUAAAUCGCAUUUCAAUUAGAGGGACGGAGGUGUUCCAUAACAAAAUAAUUUGCUGCUUUAACCCCUUCUCGCCGGUAUUGUUCAGCCACGGACAGCAGCACAACGGGUGGAAUGUGUACGUGCAGGCAUUCAGUGGUUGUCUAUGAAUGGAUGCGCUAUGCAGCAGGAAUGCGGCACUAGCAAUCCCCGGCUUUUAUCGAGCUGCAUCUGGAGCUGUCAGCCACCGACAGUCAGCAUCAAGGGGUUAGAUGUAAAGCCUCUGUACUGAUGACAUCACACAUUGUUUACACGUGCUUUUCUAUGCGAGCCUGGUGGGGACGACGGUUUCAUAGCCCUAUAGAAAAGCGCACAAGUAAACGAAGUGCGACGUCAUCGGUACAGAGGCGUAUUCGACAUGGUAUUCUUGGUUUCAAGCGAGUAACAAACCACCAGUUGUUGAUAUAAAUUUCUUGUUUAGCAUGUUAAUCCAUAAAAACAUUUUUAAUACAAAUACAUGCAUCGUCACUUUUUGUCCCCUCUAUUUGAAGUAUGUACACACACAAAAAUGUCUUAUGUUUAUUGUUUGUUACAUUCAUGUAAGUUAACUUCUUAAAAGUAAGACUUUCAAUAAAACUCAAUUGUAAGAGCAACUUGA